GGUGACUUUACCCAUAGGGAUUUGACAGUUGGUUUAGUCCGUUGGUUGGCUCUGGGUUAAGUGUAUAUUCCCUCUGGGGUUAUUUGACAAAUAACAUUUACUACAAUAAAGAAAAAGGGCACAGGACCUGACAAAGCUCAAGUUUAGGGGACAAUAGAUCUCUGCCUUCCUCUGUAUUAUAUAGGAAAUAUUACGCACUAAAUUCAUUAACUUGCCUUUUUAUUCUCUUUUCUAUACAGAUUGCUACAGAGCUUUUCCUGCUUUUUUUGGACUGUGAUUGUGCUGUUACACCUGCCUGAUAACACCUGGGUUUAUUUUUGGCUUCUCCAUUGUUCAGUCACAUCCAUCUUCAUCUGAACAGUGUAAGAGAGAGCCAGGGGUUCCUUAGGGAGACCCCCUUGGGGUGCCCCGGCCUUGUGCCGCCCCCAAUUUAUUUUUUUAACAUCGGAGAAUCUUCUUGAAGAGGUGUCGACGAUGGAGGAGAUAACGAUCAAGACAUCUCUCCUGCCGCUGUACGUCGUCCUGGAGGACUUCAGGGAGGAAGACACCGACUUUAAGGCCCUUGCCUCUUAUUACGAACAUCACUACCGGGUCUACUAUGGCAAGAACGUCGUCCUAGAGGACUUUAUUCUUCGAUAUUUCAGCGACCCGAGGACGACGCACAGAGACAACAUUUAUGAGUACUGGGUGUUGAUCCAUUAUCUGGAAGUGCUCGAGAGGGAGUGUGUCGCCCUCUACAGUGAGGAGUUGCUGCCUCCUGAAGCAUCAUCGGAACACUGGAGAUGGGGGCAGCAUUUCGAGUAUCUGCGGCUGCAGAAUACUAUCCAAUGGCACCUUCACCAGCUUGCCAUGACGCUCUGGGAGAGGGAGCAGAAGCUGCAGGAGGCUGCUGGUGAGGAACAAAAUGCAAGUCCUGCAGCUGAGGGAGAGGAGGAAGGAGCUCAUGCAGUGGAGGAGGAGAAGGAAGAGGGAGCUCCUGGAGUACAACAAGCUCCUGCAGCAGAGGAGGAAGAGCAGAGAGAAGAGGGAGCUCCUGGAGAACAAGCUCCUGCUGCGGAGGAGAGAGAAGAUGGAGCUCCUGGAGAAGAACAAGCUCCUGCAGUGGAGGAGGAAGAGCAGAGAGAAGAGGGAGCUCCUGGACAACAGCAAGGUCCUGCUGCUGCAGAGGAGGAGAGAGAAGAGCGAGCUCCUGGACAACAGCAAGCUCCUGCUGCUGCUGAGGAGGAGGAGAGAGAGGAGGGAGCCCCUGGGGAACAACCAGCUCCUGCACCGGAGGAGGAGAGAGAAGAGGGAGGCCCUGGGGAAGAACAAGCUCCAGCACCGGAGGAGGAAAGAGAAGAGGAAGUAGCAAAAGAACGAGCUCCAGAGGUGGAAGAGACCUUCGAAGAUCCUCCGGUGGUAGAAAGGCCGACCCUCCGAAAACGGGUCAAGAAGGCCAUAAUGAAGAGGCUCCGCAGGGUUUGGCAUUCCACCCAAAGACUCACCUGCUGCCGCCGACCCACCACCACGGCCUGAAUCCUUUCCUUCCAACCUACCUAUCCCGAGAGCGUAUGUCUGUGUGUGUCUGUCUGUUAUGUACAGGAGGGAGAGUGGGGGUUAUGUACAGGAGGGAGAGUAGGGGGUUAUGUACAGGAGGGAGAGUGG